AUGGUAAAGGAGGAGAAUGAGUCGGCUAACCGGCCUGACAACACUGCCUUCACCCAGCAGAGGCUUCCAGCAUGGCAGCCUAUUCUGUCUGCUGGCAUCGUCAUCCCUGGGUUUACAAUCAUUGGUUUGGCCUUCAUUGGCAUCGGAGUUGCCCUCUUCAUCACCUCACGCAGCAUCCAAGUAUUAGAGCUUGAUUACACAGGUGCGGAGCAGAACUCGCCAUGCUUUACAUGCUCAAACCCUGCCGAGAGGAACUGCGUUUGCACACUACAGUUCUCCAUCAACAAGCUCUUUGAGGGGCCGGUGUUCUUUUAUUAUGGCUUGUCCAACUACUUCCAGAACUACAGAAGGUAUGGUGUCUCCAGAGAUGAUAACCAGCUUUACGGAGACCUGACGUCCUUCAAGGAACCCACCGAUCAAUGUGAGCCCUAUCGAUACAACGGCAACAAGCGACCGAUUGUGCCAUGUGGCUCGAUAGCAAACAGCAUGUUUAACGACACGUUCAACCUGUUUCAGAUCGUGAACGGCCAGCGGAAGGUCGUGCCUUUGGAUGGGAAAGGGAUUUCCUGGUGGACCGAUUACAAUGUUAAGUUCAGAAAUCCCACGAUCACACCUCUAAGGAAUGCAUUCAAUGAUACCGUGAAGCCACCGUUUUGGCCCAGACCGGCUUAUGAGCUGGACACGUCAGACCCGGCAAAUAACGGCUUCAUCAACCAAGAUUUCCUGGUGUGGAUGCGAACAGCCGCGCUGCCGGAUUUUCGCAAACUGUACCGGAGGAUCACAGAGGGGGAUUACGCCAAUGGCCUUCCGGCAGGAAACUACUCCCUGGAUAUCGCUUACAACUAUCCUGUGAUAAAAUUCAAAGGGAGAAAGAAGGUGGUGUUCAGCAACGUGUCCUGGAUGGGGGGCAAGAACGAGUUCCUGGGUAUCGCCUACCUGGUGAUCGGCUCGCUGUGCGUGGUCAUGGCGGUGGUCAUGCUUAUCGUCUACGCCAAAUUCAAGUUCCCCGAGGAGGAAUGA